AUGGUUCAGCACGUAGCGGAACCUACACAUGUGCAGGGUCACACACUUGAUGUUGCCGUUACCAGGGACAACCAUCGCAGUCUUGUCUCAGACAUCCAGGUCCGUGAUCCUUGUCUUUUCAACGAUAAAGGGGACCAAAUCAAGGACCAUCUUGCGGUCAGCUUGACGACAACACUUGCGAAACCGGCUCCUGUUAGAGUUACAGUCCCCUACAGGAAGCUAAGGCAGAUAAAUGUUGAUGCCUUCCGGAAUGAUAUCGGAGAGUCGUUGGUCUUUCAUGAGGCCAGCCCAGUGGACGAUUUGGUUCAGUCAUACACCGAUGGCUUGACUACACUUCUAGACAAACAUGCUCCUCUUCAACACAAGACACUUGUUCUCCAUCCCAAAUGUCCGUGGUAUACACAAGAGAUCCACGAUGCCAAACAUGUUAGGCGGGGCUUGGAGCGCAAGUGGAGGAAAACGAAGCUCACCGUUCAUCAUCAGAUGUAUCGUAACCAGUGCGCAGUAGUUAACAAGCUCAUAAAGCAGGCGCGGACAUCACAUUAUUUAGCGAAGAUCACCGAAUGUGGCCGCGAUCAAAAGCAGAUAUAUAAAAUAAGCCGGCAUCUACUGGGGGAUACUGGGUCUUCCCCGCUGCCACAAUCCGAGUCGCCUAAGGAACUCGCUGAGUCCUUCACUAAGUUCUUCACGGAUAAGAUUGCUAAGAUCCGGGAAACCCUCAACACUGCCCAGGAUGACUGUUCCGAAACGGCCGACGAGCUACCAGAGGGAGUGACCCCUCUCUCCGCAUUUCCACCAGCCACAGAGGAGGAGGUCAGAAGGAUUGUGAUGAAAUCCCCCUCGAAAUCCUGUGAACUGGAUCCAGUUCCAACAUGGCUUCUUAAACUCUGCAUUGAUGAACUGCUUCCAAUACUGACUGCCAUAAUAAAUGCAUCGCUAAAAGCUAGCUGUGUUCCCCGCGCUUUUAAAUCUGCGCUGAUUCGGCCUCUACUAAAGAAGCCAAGUCUGGACUCUGACAUUCUCAAAAACUACCGCCCUGUGUCAAACCUACCCUUUGUGUCGAAGGUUGUGGAGAAGGUCGUUGAUGCCCGCCUCGAACAUCACCUCCUGUCCAACUCGCUGCAUGAAGAAUUAAAUGCAGUCCGCCUUCCGAAGAGGUCACUCAACAGAGACCGCUCUACUAAGGGUUCAUAG